AUGUCUAUCUCCAGCACUACUACAACAGUUCUGAUGGAUACAUGGAACUUGUCAGAGGCUGUGUUGUUCAAUGAUUCUGCUCUGAACACCACCACUCGGGGGUACAUCGCAAAAGCGGAGCAUCCGUUCCUCACUGAUGCCUGGCUCGUCCCUCUCUUCUUCUCCCUUAUCAUGCUCGUGGGGCUAAUUGGCAACUCGCUGGUGAUCUAUGUGAUCUCUAAACACCGUCAGAUGAGGACCGCCACCAACUUCUACAUAGCUAACCUGGCUGCCACAGACAUCAUCUUCUUGGUGUGCUGCGUGCCUUUCACAGCCACACUCUACCCUUUACCUGGCUGGAUCUUCGGAGAUUUCAUGUGUAAAAGUGUUGCGUUCCUGCAGCAGGUUACGGUCCAGGCUACUUGUAUCACUCUGACAGCUAUGAGUGGAGAUCGCUGCUAUGUCACGGUGUAUCCACUGAAAUCCCUGCGCCAUCGCACUCCUCGCAUCGCUAUGAUAGUGAGCAUCUGCAUCUGGAUUGGUUCUUUCAUCCUCUCCACGCCAAUAUUUCUGUAUCAAAGGAUAGAGGAGGGCUACUGGUAUGGACCCAGGCAAUACUGCAUGGAGAGGUUCCCCUCUAAGACACAUGAAAGGGCUUUCAUCCUGUACCAGUUCAUAGCUGUUUACCUCUUGCCUGUCCUCACCAUUUCCUUCUGCUACUACUUCAUGCUGAAGAGGGUUGGCCGGCCUGCGGUAGAGCCUGUGGAUAAUAACUACCAGGUUCAUUUGCUGUCAGAGAGAACCAUCACCAUCAGGAGCAAGAUUUCAAAAAUGGUAGUGGUCAUCGUCCUCCUCUUCACCAUCUGCUGGGGCCCUAUCCAGAUCUUUGUGCUCUUCCAGUCCUUCUACCCAAACUUCAAACCCAGCUACGCCACCUACAAGAUUAAGACAUGGGCCAACUGCAUGUCCUAUGCCAACUCAUCCAUCAAUCCCAUUGUGUAUGGGUUCAUGGGAGCCAGUUUCCGCAAGUCAUUCAAAAAGACCUUUCCCUUCCUGUUCAAGCACAAGGUACGGGAUAGUAGUGUCAACUCACGCACAGCUAAUGCCGAGAUCAAGUUUGUUGCCACAGAGGAGAGCAACAACGAAAGAAAAUGAGGACAGAUUGUCUUGGAGCUGAACUAAUGGGUGGCAGCCACUUCAUAAUCAAUCAAGUGCCAAAUGUUAUUUUUGUGAUUUUAUAUCCA